CCCAGAGAAGGAAUCGAUGGCUCGUAACGAGCUUUCCUGUAUAGAGGGGGCCGGAGGCUGAAUCCACAUUGAGCUGGUGUUUGAGUUUGUGACGUUUGACCUCCACCAGUGUCAGAGAGACAGAACCAGCUUACAAUGAGCCUCCCUAGGCGAUAUUCAGCUGUGUUACUGCUGCUGGGUGCUUUGGUCUGGCUGCUUUGUAAUGAGUGGAGAGCAGGCCGUUCCUCUGUUCUUGGGAAAGGGCCAACUCUGACAGUGGAGAGUGACCCCCUGACCUUGGACUCCUUCCUCUACAACCAGCAGCUGAGGAGAAUGCUCCUGAGGUCAUUCUGCAAGCGAAGCAUGGAGGUCAACAGGCUCCAUCAGUUUGCCCACUUCCUGAGCCUCCGUAUGAACGCACGUCACCGGGUGGUAUACUGCAGCUCCCCCGACAUGGGGACAACUCACUGGGAGAGGGUGCUGGAAAUCCUGAACAACGUGCCGGUGGAGAAAAGCAUGCUAAUCAGCGAGCGCACUCCACCCACUCUGUCCCACGGGGACUUGAGAUGGAAGGACAUGGGCACAAUUGACACCCUGCUGCCAUCGUACACCAAGAUCAUCUUCAUCAGGCAUCCCCUUCAGCGGCUGGUUUUCACCUACCACCGUGACCACUUUGCUGGCGAGUCCCUUGAGGCGUACAUCCGGCGAUUGUUGCCACAGGGGAUGGCGGAAGAGCCAGCUGGCUGGAGGCCCUUGGUGCAUCUGUGCCAGCCUUGCCUCGUCCAAUAUGACUAUGUGGUGGCCUACAAAUUCCUGGACCAGGAACUGGGCCACCUUCUGUGGCGUCUGGGUUUUCACCCCCCUGAGGGGCUGAAGUUACCCCCAUUCCAGGACUGGGAGGAGAGCCUGUGGUCCCAGUGGCUGGUGGAGCAACUCCUUGGCCAUCUCCCAGCCUGGCUGCUGGACAACUUGCUCCAGCUCUACAGUGGUGACUUCGCUGCCUUCAAUUUCACUCACGAGUUGACCUUGAACUAAUCGAGCCCCUGACCCCUGACAAACAGCUCGGCAUGGAAAUUGGACGCAUGAGCAGAUGCAGAUCUCCGACACCUGCUUCAGUAACAAUGGGCUGACAGAACUAGGCAAAGUUCUAACUAAAUAGUGGCAAUUGGUUACCACACUUAGAGAGACUAUAGGGUGGCAUAUUAUCUGCCACAUUAGAGUCAAUCAGCAUGCAAGCAGGCCAUUCAGCCCACCAUCUCCACACUGACCACCGGCUACAACACUUGUCCCGUAGCUUCUUCUGUGCCUUCGGGAUUCAUUCUCGUUAUAAAGUCAGAGUCACAGAGCAGGGAAACAAACCCUUUGGUCCAACCCAUCCUUGCUGACCAAGGUUUCCUUCUAAGCAAGUACCAUUUGCCCGAUAUCUCUCUGCCCAAUAAAUGGUGCUAAUAUACACCCCACGCUCACUGCCACUGGCAGCUUAUUCCAUACACUGAUGACUCUCUCGUUUCUGUUAAAUCUCUCCACUCAUCUUUUAAAACAGUUCUUUUUAGUUCUUGAUUCCUAAUGAAACACUGUGCUAUACAGCUCGACAAGACCACCCCUCAUUCUCCUAUGCUUCAGUGAACUAAGUCCCAACCUCCUCACCCUCUCUUCAUAACUCAGUCCUAACAUUAUCCUUGUAAAUCUCCUCUGCACCCUUUUCAGCUUCACGGCAUCUUCCCUAGAGAAAAGUGACCAAACCUCAACACAAUGUUCCUAAUGUAGUUUCACCAAUGUCUUGAAUAAUUGCAACAUAACAACCCAACUAUAAUGCUGAAUGCAUUGGCUGAUGACGGUCAGCAUGCCAAAAGCCUUCAUCACCACCAUGUCUACCUGCAAUGCGACUUUCAGGGAACAUUGCACCUGUUUUUCUAGGUUCUUCUGUUGUACGGCUCUCCCCAAGGCCUUACCAUUAAUGUGAAAAUCCAACCUCGUUUGUCUUCCCAGAGUGCAAUUAUCUGAAUAAAAUUCCAUCAACCAAUCCUUGGCCCUUUUACCCAAGAUAUCUGUGACCUGAAAGACAUCUCCACUAUCAAUAACAAAUGCAUUUUAGUGUCAUCUUCAAAUUUACUAACCAUGUGUUGUACAUUCUCACUCAAGUUAUUGCUAUAGAUGAUAAAUAGCAAUGGCCCAGCACCGAGCUUUAGGUAGCAAAGAUAGCCACUAGUCCAAAAACAACUUCCACCAUCAUUUUCUGCUUCCCUCCAUCAAACCAACCUUCCCAGCAGGACCUUGUCAAGGCCUUGCUAAAGUCCAUGUGGACAAUAUCCACUGCCUUGCCUUCAUCGACCUUCAUGGUAACUUCCUUGAAAAACUUACCACACACAAAGCCAUGUCGACUAUCCCUAAUCAGACCCUGUCUAUCCAAAUACUUACAUAUCCAGUCCCUUAGAAGACUUCCAGUAACUUAUCCACUGAGCAGUCUAUAAUUUCCUGGCUUAUUCCUAGAUCCUUUCUUAAUCAAUGGAACUUUAGCUAUCUUCCAAUCUUCUAGCAUCUCACUUGUACAUUUUAAAUAUUUCUGCUAGGGUCCCUGCAAUUUGUGCAUAUCCUCCCACAGGGUCCAAGGAAAGCCCCUGGUUUCCUAUAAUGUUUCUCUCGUAUUUCUUACACUCCUUCCUGUCCAUACUUGCUUUUCACCUCCUUUUUUCUUAACCUGGGCCUCAAUAUCUCUUGAAAACUGAGAUUCCCUAAAUCUGUUAUCCUUGCCUUUUAUUCUGACAGGAAAAUACAAACUCCACACUCUCAAAAUUUCUCUUUUGAAGACUUUCCACUUAACAAGUAUACCUUUGUCAGAAAACAAUUUCUCCCAAUUUACAUUUGUUAGAUCCUUUCUGAUACCCAAAUUGGCCUUUCUCCAAUUUAGAAUCUCAGAGGACCAGACCUACAGUUCUCUAUAAUUAUCCUGAAGCUAAUGGCAUUGUGGUCAAUAGAUGCACAAAGUGUUCCCCCGCACAAGCUUCUGUCACCUGCCCUGUCUCAUUGCCCAAUAAGAGAUCUAGUAUCACACUCUCUCUAGUUGGGAGUUUUAUGUGCUGAUUAACAAAACUUUCCUGAACACAUUUGGCAAACUCUAUCUCAUCCAGACAUUUUACAGUUUGGGAGUCCCAGUCCCAGAAACUUCUGAAAUGCCUGCUUCACUGCUGCUGCUACUGUGCGAUCGAGAAUCUCCGGAGGGGAAGGCCCCAAAUCCUCAGCUUUGCCUAUUGCCGGGGCCGAAGCGCUCGGCAGAGAUGGUGCUCAGUGCUUGGUGUCGGAGGCUCGAAAUUUUCAGACGUUCUCUAGAGUCGGCUGUGGUUGGGUGCUUCCAGGGUGCUGCAUUGGCAAGUUUGUGGCACUGGAAGCUCAUGGCAGAAAGAGAGUUUCUCUUCCUUCUACCGUCUGCGUGAAAUUACGGGGCUUUUGAGAGACUUUGAGACUUUUUUUUUACCGUGCCCAUGGUCUGUUCUUUAUCAAAUUACGGUAUUGCUUUUCACUGUUGUAACUACAUGUUAUGAUUAUGUGGUUUUAGUCAGUUUUUCAGUCUUGGUUUGUCUAGUGUUUCUGUGAUAUCAUUCUGGAGAAACAUUGUAUCAUUUCUUAAUGCAUGCAUUACUAAAUGACAAUAAAAGAGGACGUGUCCUCAAUCUAAAAAAUGUGGAAAGUUAAAACCACCUAUCAUCAUAACCUUGUUUCUUGCAGCAGUCUGUGAUCUCUCUAAAAAUUUGCUUCUCUAAAUCCCAUUGACUGUCGGGUGGUCUAUAUUGUAAUCCCAUUAACAUGGUCAUCUCUUUCUUAUUUGUCAGUUCACCCAUGUAUUUCAAAGUAUAAAGUUAAUCCAGCUCCUGUUCCCUAAUGUGGUGUGGGAAGUUGCAGUUGGAUGCAUUUCUUGCAGAUGUAGUUGUCAUGGGCACUGGAGGUAAUCACUGGAAAUAAAAGUAAAAACAAGCUGCAUGUAUUAUUAUGUACAAAGAAUACAGGA